AUGCUGCGUGUCAAUCUGCUCCAGGUGCUCUUCAUGGCACUGCUCCUAAUGUCUGGGGUCUUUGCUUCAAACCAGCCCUCCGAGGAGAACACUGUCCACCGUGAGUCUUUCCAGGACAUGCUGGCCGAUCUCAACGUGAACAACAUUCACGAUGCGCUGCAUGCUUUGUCCAAAAAAUUCAAAGACGGCAUUUUUCCCACUGACAUCAGUGCCGCCGAAGCCUUGCAAGCCGAAGAUGAGAAGGUUGCCAGCUUCCUCAAAGUCAUGAAGCGGGAUGGCAAUUCCACCGUCUCCUCCGAGCCUGCUUCAACUUCUUUGUCAAGCUCCGAUUCUACCACCACUGAGGCAGCUACCACCACUUCCGAGACAACUACUGAAACUACUACCUCCACCGAGCCGAGCACCACUUCUACUCCAACCAGCUCCAGCUCUACAACUACCUCCAGCUCGACAUCUACUACCACUACCCCAAUCCCCUCUUCUACCGAGGCGACUACCACCGAGACAACGACUACUCCAACCUCGACUAGUCAAACUUCUAGUUCCACCUCCACCACAACCUCGGUACCUACCACUCUGUCCACCACGACAAGCUCCUCUUCGACCUCCACUUCCUCCACGUCUACUUCGACUACCUCCCACACAACUACUUCGGCUGCUACCCUCUCUACCUCAACAUACAAGACCACCAGUACUUUGCCUAAUGGUAGCUUGAGUACCAUUACCUCAAUCACUGUCGUGCACAUCACUCCAACUGCGACUGCCGCGACUACCACUAGCCACGCUAGUGCUGGUCUGCAAACCGGUGCGGCUGCCUUGACCACUGCGGGUCUUACCCGUGAGGUCGUCGCCAUGCUCGGUGGAGCUGUUAUUGUCGCAAUGGCGCUCUAA